AUGGAAUUUACAACAACAAAUCAAAACCCACCAAGCUUACAUAUAAAUAGUCUCACUGGGUCUAUUCCUGCAUUCAACGUCAAAUCAACCAUCGUUCCCUGCAAGGGUACUCCAUAUGUAUUUCUUUAUGGAGGAUUCGAUGAUUCAGAUGCACUUGACAGUAAUGUCUACUUGCUUAAUGUCGAGACUAUGAAAUGGGAGAUUGAUGACAAAUGCUCAGGUCUCUAUCGAGAAGGUCAUCUGGCAAUAUAUAUUGGCAAUGGAAAUAUUCUUGUAUUUGGUGGACUUCCCUUUGAAGAUGAAAUACCUUCUGAUGAUGAGCUUGGAAUAGAGAGAAAUCUAAGAGGGAAUGCCACAACCGCAACAGGUAGACCCACCUCGAUAACUGCUUCAACAUCCCAGAAUUUCCGAAGAGAUAAUCUUAUGAUGAUUUAUAAUGUCUUUGAUAGAAAAUGGAUUGGUCCCCCAGAUUUCGCACUUGAGAACGCUCCCACACCAAGAUCAAGACAUGCAUGUUGUCUUAGUCAAGAUGGAUCUAAGUUAUAUAUAAGUGGAGGAAUGAUGAAAUCCAAACCAUUGGAUGAUCUUUACUGUUAUGACUUGGCACUGGGAGUUUGGACUGGUCCUGUUCAAUUUGUCUCAAGAUUUGAUCAUACAAUGAUGAUCUAUAAUGAUAGAAUAUUUCUAUUUGGAGGGAUUGAUAAGGAUAUGAAUCAUGUUAAAUCAGUUAUCUAUUAUUCAUUCAAAACCAAGACUAUUGGAGAAAUAAGCAUCUUCCCAAGAUUAGAUUACAUAGAUCUACGGAAUCAAGAAGAUGAACUUGGCGGAGGCAGUCUCGAUAUAUCUGAUCGUGAUAGAAUUUAUAUCAAUUCUGGGAUUAAUCCAGCAUUAUGCCUCAUGGUUUGCUUACCCACUUGGAAUAGUACCAGUAGUGGGGUUGAUAUUUCAUACUUGAAUCUAGAUGACUUUGAUUCUCAGACAUUGUUUAAUCCUCAUAAUUUACGUGAAUAUUUCAAAAGACUGCAUCAGCAAGAUAUUGGUGUCCUUACAUGGAGAUGUGCAUGUGUCAAUCAAGAAGGGAAGUUGUAUUUGUUUGGGAAACAAGAAAGACCAGUGACUCAAGGGUCAGAAUUCUCAACAACGGAAUUGGAUUCAUUCCAAAAUACAUCCAGAAUUGAUGACGAUGAAAUUAUUGCCAAUAAAUUAGAAUACCUUUUGGAAAUUGAUCUAUCUGAUUUUGGAAUCCCAUCCUAUGAACAAGUACUAGCAAGGAAGUUAGCGUUAGGUAACGGUGGACUAGCUAAUGAUUUCAGAAGAAUGUUGCUACAACACGAAUAUACCGACUUUGAGAUUAUUGCCUUAAGCAAUGAAGAUGAUCGCCAUAAGUAUCAAUAUACCGGGAAUGAAAUUUCAAAAGGAACUAAUUUUAAAUCUAUACCAGUCCAUAAGAUGAUACUUUUAGCAAGAUGGCCCCAUUUCCAAAGGGUCAUUUCAGUGGGUAUGAAUGAAACGAUAGAAAACAAGAUGUUUAUUCCAGAACCAGUUCAUUGGAUAAAGGGCCUAAUUUACUAUUUUUACGUCGGAAGUGUUGAGUUUGACAUAGAAUUUAUAGAAAAGGAAUUUACAAUUGUUGAUUAUUCAGGUUUACUCACAUUGGCUAAUUUAUAUGAAUUAUCUGAAUUGAAAGUAAUCACAUUAAAUAAGUUAUUUAAGAUGUUUGACAAUUUUAAAGAAUCAUUCUUAGUGGAUCAAAAAUCUGAUGCCAAUGUUUCUAUGCUAUUAAAAAUUUGGCGAGAUUUAUCAUAUUCCAAUGAAACAGUAUUCCUAAUCAAAAUAAUUGAUUUGAUUAAAUUACAUUGGAACCUAAUUACCAGAUCUUCAGCAUUCUCGUCCAUGUCCAAACAAGAAAUUGUCAAACUAUGCCAAGAUUCAAGUGACGUACCAAUCCAAGAUCGAUCACCAGUAGGAAGUGUGUCAAUACCUAGUCCUUCAACUCGAAAUUCUAUAGAGAUCGAACAACAAGUUUCGGUUCCGGCUACACCCACACGCAAUGCUCAUUCUCCAUUUGUAAUUUCUCCAAUUCCACAACCAAAUUUUGGUGGUUUAUCAGAUUGA